AUGACGACAAAAAGAAUAGAUCAUGAAACUAUUUUGCUGAAUAAUUUCUGAUUAAACAGAUUAGAGAAAAAGAUGGUGGAGGAUGUUGCCAUGGCAGCAAGAGUUGGCGAGGAAAGGUUUUCCUCCUCUUCCCAAUGCUCCUCUGCCUCCAACAAGUCCUUAAAUACUGGCACCUCCCCAUCUAAGCCAGCCUCCUCUACUCCAACUCCUCCUCAGAAGUCACCCCCUGAUCCCAGGGCAAGAGCUUCUCUGAGACCCAAGAAGUCUCCAUCUCAAGACAAGCCCAAGAAAUCCGGCUUCUACAUGUACAACGGGUAUCCUUCCUAUCUUGGGAGCCGUCUUUACCAGUGCAGGGACAUCGAGCCAGAGCUGGAUAUCCUGGGACAGUGGGUGGAGCUUGGAUCUGGCGAGACCGGAACCGUGCGUCUUGUGCGCAUCCCGUCUGAGAGCAACAAACUCGUUGCUGUUAAGAUCAUCCAAGGACAUGAUCCAGAGGCGAGAUUCCAGAAGGAAGUUGAUGCCCUCCACAUCGUGGACGGUCAUCCGUCCUUCCCUCAGCUGAUCGGCGUUCUUGAACAGUCUCCAUUCCGCUGCAUCCUGGAAGAGUUUGUCGGCAACGACUUCAUCCCUGAGAGUAUCACCUUGGAGGAUGUUCUGAGAAAUCAGAAAGUCGCUGCCUCUGAUAUUCCUCACAGUGACUGGUUUCAGAUUGCUCAGGACAUAGCUGAUGGGAUGAACUACUUCCAUAAGUUGGAGUACCUUCACGUCAACCUCAAGCCUGAGAACAUCCUCCUGUAUACCACUGAUGGCAACUGGAAAGGAUGGAGAGCCAAGAUCUGCGAUCUUGGCGACUGCACCUUUGCAAGACUCCCUCCUACGAUCCACUCCACCCCUGAGAUCAGAGCCACUGCAGAAUCAGCUGCUAAGCCCUUUGUAGCACCCGAGGUGCUUCGUGAUGAGACCCCAUUCACACUGGCUGCCGACGUCUACGCCUUUGGAAGAAUCCUCCGUGCCGUCGGAAAGCGAGCCAAGAUUGCCUCCCUUGAUCACAUCGGCAAGAAAUGCUCCCGCAAGACUGCUCGCCAGCGUCCCAGCAUCGACAAGGUCUGCAGUAUGCUGAAACGCCCCUCCUCUCCGAAGAGCACUCAACAUAGCAUCCACACAGCAUGAAGCAAAACUGCCAGUUAGCAGCGCCCUCCACUGAUUCAGUUAGGAAAGUGGCAGGCAAAAGUCAGAUCAGUGCACACUUAGUUUCCCAAGGACACUGAGCUGAACCACUAAACUUGCCAAAUGUUAAAUGCCUUUCUCCAUGAAUACAUUUCAAAUGUUGAUGAGAGCAAUUUGAAGUGUGAAGUGCCCUGCAGAUUUCAAAACUGGAGUCAAUGUACAAUAUUAUAUGCGAAAACUUGGGGAUUUUUUUCUUCAAAAUCAAACCGAAAUUUAUAUCAACUUUUUUUUCUACUUGUCAAUACCAAAUGGAAAAAAUUACCAACUUUGCUUCAAUAUUUUUAAAUGCAAGAAUAGAUAAUAUUUUUAUACUGCAUUUUAAUGGUAUUUUAUUGAUCGUCAAAACAUUCAUGAAUUUCAAUAUGAAAUUUAUAAUUGACAUUAAUCAUGGAACUUUUUUUGUUAAUUUAUGCUGGACAGUUUCUGCACCUUCACUAUGGCUGCACAUUAUAUUUUUGUAUUGAAACGAAGAUGAAAUAUUUGUAACGUGGUUUGAUGCCAAAGAAAUUUAAAUUCCCAAUAAAUAUCCCUUCAAAUACACUUUCAAAUUAGAUAUUCUGGUUACUCAUAGAUCACUGAAAUAAUUUUUUGUGCCAAAAAAAUUCAGAUGAUCAUGUAAAAUUUGUUACACAUCUAAUAAACAUUUGAUAUUUUGAUAUUUCUUGAUAUUUUUGAUAUUUUUUUGAUAUUUUGAAAUAAAACAAAAACAAUAUGA